CAUGGGCUCGGGGGCCAGCGUGUUGAGAGCCCUCCUCCUCCUCCUGGAUGUUGGAGGAGCUCAAGUGUUGGCAACUGGCAAGUCUGCCGGGGCUGAAAUUGACAUCAAGUACGCCCUCAUCGGCACCGCGCUGGGCGUCGCCAUCUCUGCCGGCGUCCUGGCCCUGAAGAUCUGCAUGAUCAGGAGACACUUGUUCGAUGACUACUCUUCCGACCUGAGAAGCACACACCAGGCCCCCAACGGUGAGGGGCUGGCCUGGGAAAGCACAGUGUCGUAG